CGAUAUUGUGAACACUCAUGCAAGGAAUAAAUAGAUACACUUGGAAUGAUCGUCCGCAGCUAUACAAUUACUGCUGAGACAUAACUGAGUACCGCUUAUCCAGAGAGGCAUCACUUUAGCUACAUUAUUUGACUGUAAAUGCGCACGAUGCUGUUGUUGUGUAAGUGUGGCAGCUGGAACAGAAUUGAACCGUUGCAGCCACGCAAGACAGUUGUUAGUGAAGAACAGCGCGUGGCAGGUUUGUGAUCCAGGUCACCAUGUCACAUCUGCAGCAACGUAAGACCGCCAGCUCCCAAGGCGCACCACAACAGGAGCCUACCUUUCAGAGAAAUUCUCCUCGGAAGCGAACGACAACGUCUUCAACAAGCGGUGUAGGGACUUUUCUCUUGACUCUCGGCCUGAUCAUUGUCACUGGACUCGCAACAAGUUGGAUAGUCACAGAUUCGCUGACUUUCGGGUAUCCCAUACCCAAUUGGAGAAAACUUCUUCACCGACACGAGAUUACACUGACCACCGCCGAAUUGGCCCAAUAUGAUGGCACAGAUCCGAGCAAGCCCAUAUAUCUAGCUAUUAAUGGGAAGGUGUAUGAUGUCAGCGCCGGCCCGCAGUAUUAUGGGAAGGGUGGAGGGUACAAUUUCUUUUCAGGAAAGGACGCUGCCCGGGCAUACAUCACCGGCUGUUUCCAGACCCACCUCACCCACGAUCUACGAGGAUUGAGUGAAGCUCAAAUCAAGACGCUUGAUCAAUGGACAGACUUCUAUGCAAAGCACGACCAAUACUUCUAUGUUGGCAAGGUCAUCCAUGAUCCAAUACCAGAGGACGCACCAAUCCCUGAAGACUGUAAUGCUCAAACGAGUGAAUCAGCCUCCUAAGAACUCCCAGGCUACUACGAUAUAAUGAGGUGGGAUCAUCAGUAAAGUGCAAGCCGGUUAUCGCCCCCUAAGCUGGCACAUCGGAAGUUUUCCAAUUCAAAAUCUCGACACAGAUGAAUAAAUACACAUGUUCGCAAUCUCUAUCUGCCUGUACCUAUCUAUAGGACACUGUCUACAUGUAAACGGUGCCUCAAAAGGAUGGUAGAUCAAACAA